GCUGUAAAAGGCUCAGUCGGGCUUUUUUUUUCUUAAUGACAUCACACCCAAAGAGUUUCCAACAUGGCGUCCAGCCGGCUGCUGGAGAGGGAGGUCUGUGCCACCGCAAACCUCGGCUUCUGCCUCCACAAAUACUCCCUGCUCAUCAUAAUUGGACGGACCGCUCGCCACGGACAGACGGAACACAUCAGCAGGGAGGUCGAAAGAGGGAUUCGCUCAUGGGACGUGGACCUGAAAUCCUGCAACCUGGACCUGUUUCUCCAAGAAUUCCUCUCCCAUCACACGGCAUCUUUUAAAGGUGCAGGACAGAAGUGUCUGCGCCACGGAACCCGAGUCUUGGACACUCAGGUCCUGAUCAAUCCCUCUCAGGAAGUAGCUCACUCAGAGGUGUUUGCGCUGCUGUCCAGGGAUUCGACUCAUAAGCUGCUGAUCUUGGCUGGGCUGAGUGUGGAGGAGAGUGGAGACCUGCUGUUUCAUAGAGGACUCUUUUCACCAGAUCAUCUGAGACAAAUAAUAACAGAGCAGUUUCUAGAUCACAAGAGCUCUGCAUCCUGUCCCCCCACCACCAAAACCAGUCUGACCCUCAGUUGUCCCAACACUGGACAGUGGAGAACGAUCCUCUUGAGGAACCCGCCCCUGCAGGGUCCUUUCACUCUCCAAAUCAACCCCCCAGAAGUGCUGCCAGCUAUGGAGUCUCUGGGGGAAUUUACUUCCCUCAUUUCUGGGACCAUUUCCCCUGCAUCUCCCUUUGACCUUCUGCCUCCUCCCACCACUGUGGGUUUCCUCAAGCUGUCCCGUCCUUGCUGCUACGUGUUCCCCGCCGGCCGUGGCGACUGCACCUUCUUCGCCGUCAAUGGGUUUACGGUGCUAGUGGACGGCGGCUCGGACUCUCAGGCCUGUUUCUGGAAGCUGGUUCGCCACCUCGACAGAAUCGAUGCAGUUUUGUUGACGCACAUCGGCCCAGAGAACCUUCCUGGGGUCGUCUCUUUCCUGGAGAGGAAGGUUGCUGAGAAGGAGCUGAGCUUGGAUGUCAAAGAUGACUCGUCUAAGAGGCUUAUCUCUCCAGAACUCGGAGUUGUAUUCUUUAAUGCUCCUGGCGCACUACAGGAGCAGCAACACUCUUGCGAGGACAAUGUACUGACGGGCAUGCAGCAGGCUGCUGUAAGCCUGCAGCUGUUGAAGAAGUUAGACAUCAGACCACAACCAAUGUUUCGCCCACAAGGAGUUCCCAUAAAACCUCUAACCCUGUUCCAGAAGAUGGGAGUGGGACAGCUGGACUUAUACAUCCUCAGCCCAGGAAAAGGCAGCCAGGAAUAUGAGACAUUCAUGCAGAACUGGCCUGAUAGGACUUCCUCGUCUUCAUUGUCUAAGUCCCAAAGUCUCCCUCUUACCGCCCUAGUCUCUGUUUCUGUCCUGCUUGUGUGGCAUCCAGCGUGUCCUCAAGAGAAGGUGGUCCGGGUGCUUUUACCGGGCAUAACUCCACAGGCGAAGCUCCUCCAGGGGCUGGAGAAGCUCAAAGGCUUGGACUUCCUCCAGAAACCCACAGUCACCACUGGAGACCUUGAAAAGAUUGAAGAAGACAGAAAGGCAAAGAGGACUGAUAGUUUGGAGAGUGGAAGAUCUCAAGGGAAGGAGAGAAUGCCCAAGCAAGGGAAAGAACGAGGAGUAAAGGAAGAGGGAAAGGAUGUACCGCUGAAGGAGAAAGGAAAGAUGUUAAGCGGAGUUGGUGGUAGAGAUACGGAUAAAGCCAAGAUCAAAGAGACGAGUUUAAAACACAAAGCAUCCUUUUCAGAAAAGAGUAGUUCAAAGAAAGGAGCAGGGAAGAGUGGAAAGAAAGAGGAGAACAACAUUAAAAAGCCUGAGCAGAUGAAAAGGGAUCCCUUAAAACCGAAGGGCGAAAAUAAAACAAAGACCAAGAAGGAUGUAAAACGUGAUUCCAAAACAGGAGAGAAGAAAACACAAAAACUAUCAGGGAAUGAAGCAAACAACAGUAAGAAAGGAUCUUCUAACACUGAACUAAAUACGAUGACGAAACAGAAAACUGGGGUUAGGUUGGAGAUCUCAGACUCAGGGUCUUCUGUUGCUGACGAACAGAAUCAAAAGACGGAGACAAAAGACCUCCGUGGCUCCAAGAUGUCUACCCCUGAGGAAAUGACCGAGGACUUUCUGAGGCUCCAAGAGGAAAAUGAACGGGAAGAGGUGCAGGUAGAAAGAGCCGAUGAAGAAAAACAGAAAAGCUGUGCGUUCAAAAGUGAGAAGAGCUUUGGAGCCUUAAGUGGAGACGGGUGUAAUAAAACAUCUGAAGGACCAGAGGGGGAGGCAGCGGGUUGUUCAGGAAUAUUUAAAGUAGAGGGUGACAAUGUGGUGCAACCUGGGACAAGUACAAAAGGAGAAGUAGAUUUGAAGAAAAAACUUCCAGAAGAGCUUGUUAAAGCUAACAAACCUGCAAUGGUGGUAGGAUUUCCCUCUCCUUUGAACAAGACGGCAAAGGCAGAGCGUACAGUCCAGCUGGACAUAACCCCGACGGAGUACACGCUUCUGGAUGGGGCUUUGAGAAACACCCCUCCCUCACAUUCAUCUCCAGAGAACCAAGCCCCUAACAGCCCUGAUGAGGAGACAGUGGAGCCAGUUUCUCCUGACUCGCGUCCCAACAGCGCAGGCCACACCCCUUAUUGCCUGUCCCCGGAUGAUGUUUGGUGCAACAGGGCUGCUCUGAGCCGGCUACAGGCCCAGAUGAGUAACCUUGAUGUGGCCGAUGGCUCUGAGCCAAGUGGCGCCAGACCAAGUGAGGGCCCGUCCUGUCAAACCAAAAGCACUCCAGAAAAAUGCUCAAUCUCCAAAGAGAAACAUCUAAGUUUCCUGUCUUUGGGUGCAUUUAAAGAGGGAUCUUCAGAGCCCUCUCCGUCUGUGACAACCACCACCACUCACUCACUACCAGCAGAGGUGAGCUCGCCUCAGUCCACUGAAGUAGAUGAGUCCCUGUCCAUGUCCUUUGAGCAAGGCCCAACCACAGCGAGCCAGAGAGAAGGAGAUGACAGCGUUUAUCACUCUCACUCCAAUGGUGGAUAUUUUGUGGGAAUGCCUUUACCAAUGAAACAGCCUCCCCGAUCUUUAGGUCAAAGUUCAGAGAUGGGCAGACCUUUUGCACCCAACUCGCUGCACUUUGAGGCAUUGGCUCAUGACGUGGAUCUGUGUUUGGUUUCUCCAUGUGAGUUUAAGCAUUUCAAACAGCCUGAUUCAAGCUCCGGCGCCAGCGACUCGUCCAGAGGAGCUCCAAAUUACCAUGGCAACAACAACAACUCCAAAGACAGGUCACCAAGUGAGUCAAAUGCCCCUGCUUGCACAGAGGACUGCCCGUCCACCACAGCAGACGGAGUUCUGGACUCGGACUCGGAUGAGUCGUGUAGCGACCCGUCCAACUCCCCGUGUGACCGCAGCGGCAGCCAACCUCUGCCCCCAGACCCUCUCCCAGCUCCUCUCAGGGACAGUCCGCCCCUUCCUCCCCAACCUGACACCUCGAUGCCCGUUCCUCAGUUUGACUCUGAAGCUCACCUGAAGAGAACAAAAACCACUGGAAACAAUGGCAAAAAAAUCUCGGCUAUUGUAGAUGGUCCCCAAAAAUCAAGCGCAGGGAAAAAUCGAAUGGGGAGCCAAAGUGGAGUAAUAAAAGGAAAUAUCUCCACAGCUCGUACUUCUUCCUCCAGCAGUAAACCGGCACCAGCAAAAACCUCACCCACUCCUGGCUCCAAGACGACAUCUGCUGGGGAGGUGGGUGUGUAUGUUGACCUGGCCUACAUUCCCUCUGGAGCCUCAUCUCCUACAGUCACUGUUGACUUCUUCAGGUGCAUUCGCUCCUCCUGCUACAUUGUCAGCGGCUACAGCCCAGAGCGGGAGGAGCUGAUGAAGCAAACUCUGGAUGCACUGCUGGAAGGCAAGACAUCCUGGCCGGAUCCAAUGCAGGUGACAGUGAUCCCCACUUUUGAGUCGAUGCUGAUGCAGGAGUGGUACCAGCAGACGCUGGGCAGGCAGCGGGAGCUCAGCAUCUCGGUCCUGGGAUCCAACAGCACGGUCGCCAUGCAGGAUGAGACCUUCCCUGCCUGCAAGAUUGAAUUCUGAAGAUGGGCUUGGGAGUUUGACACAGAGAGUUGUUGGACUUUUUUUCUGCAUGUAAAUGAUGUAGUGGAUGAUUGUGAAGUGUUUAACGCCACCUACUGGUAAACUACCAUGACUCGGGCUUCUUUUGUAGACAGUAGGAGAAUUGCAUGCUUUCACCGGUGACCCUGUACUGAACAGGAGAGGGGAUGACACUGAAUGCAAACAGAAGCAUGUCAGCCUACAAACAUGCUGCUGCAAACUACUCAGAAUAUCAUAGGUUGAGGAUGGUUUUCACUGAGGCGUUGUGGGAGUUUGUCUCCUCUGAUGCAAAAUGUAUUAAUGAAUAUGAAAAAGAAAUUCAAGUUUUGCACUUUAGUUUGAUUCCCAAACUUGACACGGCUAAAGAAAACUGAAUAAAACAAUUUACCUUUAACAAAUUCACAUCCACAGUGCGUACAGAUGUAAGCAGAUGUGAGAAAAGGCGUUGCUGUGUGUUGUAGCUGCUUUACAUGGUUUUGUGUCACUGUGGCCUUUAUGUUACGCUGGAAAAACUGACUUUGUGACUUCCUGUUAGCCACCAGCAAGUGAUAUAUCACUUAAUCAGAGGGGCAACAUUUAACAGCAUUACAGCAAUUGUGUUACUGGGAAUAGUCCUGCAAUUGUAAUCUGAUAAUAGUGCUUAUAGUCAUGCAAACCAGGAAUUAUGCUUUAAAUGCUUUACUAAAGAUCGAACAAAUUUUAGGUGUAAAUAUGCAAAAAUAAAUCACAAAAUGUGUAUUAGAAUUUUUGUUUUGCACCCCAGAUUUGUCAUUGUAAGCUUUACAAGCUGUAAAUCAUGAACAAACUGAUUGUUAUACGUGGCAGAGUAAUUCAGCUGAAAGUGAAAGAGGUGCUGAGAUCAAAAGGUCAACGGGAUACAUCAAACCUUAUCAUUCAGGUUUGUGAUUAGUCAUGUCUGCAUUUUUAUAGUAUUUAUGUUUUUUUUGUCUGAAUUAUUUAAGUUAAACGAAUUUAGUGGUCAGAUCAUUUGCUGGAUUGAACAUUCGAGCAUCCAAUUUACCCUUGUUUAUUAUGUUUGUCAUCCUCAUCCUCUGUUGAGUUUUAUCACAUCCAGAUGAUUUAUUUUUAUUUGGAUAUUCAUGAAAAUAUGUGAUUGUAAAAAGUAGUUGCCGUUUUAUCCAUAACUUUCCGUUUUUGACACCUAUGCACAUUUUUCCCAUUACUGAAGCAAAAAAAGUCAUAAAUAUAUUAUUUGCUCAGGUUCCUCUGAGGACACGUGCUGCUUCAAAAAUCUGAAAAAUCCCAAAAGCUUUUUGUACCGAUGCAAACCACAAUGUGUAUAAGUGAUAAAAACUGUUUAAAUUUAACCAAAAAAGUUUUUAUUUUAUUCUGAUCUCCAUUUGAACAGACAGUUGAGGGUUGAACUAAACAUCUGGGGUAAGAACUAUUUAAACAUCCAGUCUGUGAAACUCAUUUUUAAAACACUUCCUGUAAUUUUUUUAUUCAUGAUAUUCAUAAAGAAACAGAGAAAAACAUUGUGGGGAAAUGGGAACAGAGGUGGAUUAUUGAGAUGUUUUCACUUUCUAAUUUCUAAUAAAAAUAUCAAACUGUGAGUAAAAAGCAAACAAUCAAACAGGAGUAAUGCAAGAAUAAAAAAGAAUGUGUAUCACAAA